AUGUGGAUCAUUAACUGGUUCUAUGACGUCCUCUCGUCGCUCGGCCUGCUCAACAAGCACGCCAAGCUGCUGUUCCUGGGCCUCGACAAUGCCGGCAAGACGACGCUGCUCCACAUGCUGAAGAACGACCGCGUGGCGAUUCUACAGCCGACGCUGCAUCCGACGUCGGAGGAACUGUCGAUUGGCAAUGUGAGGUUCACAACUUUUGAUCUGGGCGGUCAUCAGCAAGCCCGUCGCCUGUGGAAGGACUACUUCCCCGAAGUUAACGGCGUUGUCUUCCUCGUCGACGCCAAGGACCACGAGCGAUUCCCCGAGGCCAAGGCCGAGCUCGACGCGCUCCUGUCGAUGGAGGAAUUGUCCAAGGUGCCAUUUGUCGUACUCGGCAACAAGAUCGACCACCCGGACGCGGUGUCGGAGGACGAGCUCCGCCACCAGCUUGGCAUGUACCAGACCACGGGCAAGGGCAAGGUGCCUUUGGAGGGAAUCCGGCCGAUUGAGGUGUUCAUGUGCUCGGUGGUCAUGCGGCAGGGGUAUGGUGACGCCAUCCGGUGGUUGUCCCACCGCCUGCCCGACGUCGACACCAACUUUCUCCCACCCGAACACAUCGAGGCCUUCAUCCAGGCCCUCUCGGCGCCCGACCCGAUCCCGCAAAGCCCAGACGCGGAAGACCCAACAGGCGCCACGUCGUCCUUCCGUCUGAACAGCCCUGGGUACCGCGGGUCCAUCACUAGCUUCGAUAUCGAUCUUACUAAACGUGUCGGGUCGCCUGGUGCAGGAGACCUGCCUGAUGACGGGGAGCGGGACUUGAGAGAUGAGGCGACUGAGACAGUUGCACCGACGCCUGGGCCCGGGCCGGUGACGUCGUCACGGAUAGCCAGUCGCCAGCCGAGUUCUAACAGUUUGUUUAUUUCGGCGCGGAACGACUGGGCACCAGUGAACGAGAGGAUUGUCCGCGGUAGGGGGGACGGUAAGGGGGGUGAGCCGAGUAAGAAGGGCAAGAAGAGUGGUGGGAAAAGGAAGACGUCAAAUACACAGGCCCGGUCCAAGGACGAGACGCGCGAGGGGUAUUUUUACGCCCUACUCAAGUGGCCGUUCCUGUUGUUUGCGACCGCCUGGCUGGUGGGACUGUCGAUAGGGUAUUUGGCCACGCGGGUGUACAUUGCGUUGUACGAGCAAGGCGUGACGUGGCGAGGGAAGCGCGAGCAGAUACGGCGGGCGAUGCGCGCGACUGGCCGAUACCGCGACUGGGUUAUAUCGGCGCGGCGGAUGGACGACUUCUUCGGGAACGGGCGUUGGAAGGAGGUGGAUGACUACGCCUACUACGACAGCAAGACGGUGCGGCGCGUGUUGGGGGAGAUUAAGCGGUGUCGGCGACAGGCGGAGAGGGGGAGACAGGGCCAGCCGAGCGAAGAGAGCAGACGCGCGACGGAGGAAUUGAAGGUGCUGAUUGAGGCGUGUGUCAAGAAUAAUUUCGUUGGGAUAGAGAAUCCGCGGCUGUACAGCCAGACCUACUAUGGGACGAAGAACCUGGUGCAGAAUUUCAUUGAUGAAUUGGAACGAAGCAUCCAGUUCUUGAUUGAGACGGACCAGCUCUCGAAAGAAGAAAAACGCAUCAUGUUCAAGGGCAUCUGCGCCAACUACGGUCGCACAGCACUGUGCCUCUCGGGCGGCGCCACCUUUGCCUACUACCACUUCGGUGUCGUCAAGGCCCUUCUCGAGGAAGACUACCUCCCUGACAUCAUCACAGGCACGAGCGGCGGUGCGUUGGUGGCGGGUCUCGUGGCCACCCGCACCAAUGAAGAACUGAAGGAGCUCCUAGUGCCGGCGCUCGCGCACCGCAUAACAGCCUGCAGCGAGCCCAUCACGGUCUGGUUCCGGCGCUGGUGGGCGACGGGUGCCCGGUUCGACUCGGUCGACUGGGCCAAGCAAUGCGCGUGGUGGACGCGCGGAUCCAUGACCUUCCGCGAAGCCUACGAGCGCACCGGGCGCAUCCUCAACGUCUCAUGUGUGCCGUCCGAUCCGCACUCGCCCACGAUCCUAUGCAACUACCUGACCAGCCCGGACUGCGUCAUCUGGUCGGCCGUGCUGGCGUCAGCCGCCGUGCCGGGCAUCCUCAACCCCGUGGUGCUUAUGAUGAAGACCCGGUCCGGCCAGCUAGUCCCGUACUCCUUCGGCCACAAAUGGAAAGACGGCUCGCUGCGCACCGACAUCCCCAUCCAGGCACUCAACUUACACUUCAACGUCAACUUCACCAUCGUCAGCCAAGUCAACCCACACAUCAACCUCUUCUUCUUCUCCUCGCGCGGCUCCGUCGGCCAGCCUGUUACGCACCGCCGCGGCCGCGGUUGGCGCGGCGGAUACAUCGGAUCGGCCACGGAGCAGUUCAUCAAGCUCGACCUGAACAAGUGGCUGAGACUGAUGCGCCAGCUGGAACUCCUCCCGCGGCCCCUCGGCCAGGACUGGAGCAUGCUCUGGCUGCAGACAUUCGGCGGGACUGUCACGAUCUGGCCCAAGAGUAUCAUAUGGGACUUUGUGCAGAUCCUCAGCGACCCGGACGAGGCGCGGCUGGCGCGCAUGAUCCAUGAGGGUCAGCAGAGCGCGUACCCAAAGAUGCGAUUUGUUGGGAACCGGUUGCGGGUUGAGCGGUUGGUGGAGCGUGGGAGGAGAGAGAGUCGGACAAGAAGGAUGAGCAUUGAGAGUAUCCUCAGCGAGGACGACUUAAGGAGUCUGCUUAAGAAACGGCGCGUGGUUAGGGAUGGGGCUGACAGUAUCUCAGGCACGGAAGAGGACUAUGAUGAAGAAGAGGAGUAUGAGGAAGAGGAAGGGGAAGAGGGGGCAGAAACGGAUGGUCAUGCUCGUCGGUAUGGAAAUGAGGAUACGGAGCAUGAUGAGCAUGAGACGGAGCGGCGGUCGGACGAUGAGGACGAGGGGGGCUUGACGAUGGCGACGCCUAUGGGUCUUGCGGGUGCUGAGACGACGCAGUGA